GAAAACAUUAUUGAGGAAGGCAUAAGCAACCAGCCUCACUCGGUGGCGCAACGUGUUACAACAACAAACCACGAUGUACCGUCUCACGAUCUUCUUUGUCGUCGCUGUGGCGUACGGAGUUCUUGGAGAUGGGCAUGGAUUGGGCGGUGGAGCAAUUAUCGGUGGCCUUGCGCCAGCCGGCAUCAUCGCCGGACCCGCCGUUGUAGCCGCUCCUGCCACGGCUGUGACGAGUGGCGCCGGGCUCGGCAGCGGCACGGCUCUGAAUAACGCGGCCGCCGUCGGUGUCGCCCAACUCUCCGCGUUGCAGAAUGCCCAGGCCGUGCAGGCCGCCCAGAUCGCUAACGCCGCCGCCGCCGGUAUACAGGCCGCCCGCGCCGCCGAGGCCGACGCCCGCGCCCGUCAGGCUAACGCUAUUCAAAACGCUCAGGCCCUAGAUGCGGCCCGCGUCGCUAACCUGCAGCGCGCCCAGGCCGCCGCACUUGAGAACGCCAGGGCUACGGAGGCAGCGAGACGAGCAGCGGCUGCGGUCGGCCUUGAAUUAGCCCGCGCCGCGGAAGCUGACCGCGUCGCUAACGCAGCACGUGUGCAAGCCAUCGCUUAUGCCAACACCAGGGCUGUGGAAGCCUCCCGUAUCGCCAACGCCGCCCGCGCUCAGUCCGCUGCGGUCGCCACCAGCGCGGCGCAGGCGCAGGCGGUAGCCGACGCAGUAGCUAGAAACGCUCAAGAUGGCGUGGUCCUAGGCGGCGGCAAUGCGGCCGUGGUGGGUGUGGCACCUGCGGCGGCGGGUAUCGUGGUGGAAUCCGCGGGUCUGGGCGGCUACGCCGGCGGCUGGGGUCACGGCGGCGCCGGUUGGCAAGGUGGUGCUCUGCUGGUAGGCAAGCACUAGAUGGACACAGGUCCGUACAUAAUGAUAGAAAAAGCAUAAGAUUUCUACAUCCAUUUCUUAACUUCUCAUAGAAAUGGUUAGCGGACAAAAUAAGACUGGUUUGUAAAUAUUUUUUAUCUUUUAAAUAAAU